AUGUUCUCGGAGCCUUUCCCGGAAGCUGGUAAUCAGAUCUGCGGAGGAGACCUCCGAUCCGAGUUUGCUGCGGAAUUGAUUGCGAUACCGACCAAGGCGGCCAAACUACACGGUUCUCACAUUUUCAGUAGUGGCUACUCUGCAACAAAUCGGUUCGUGGUCGUGUCCUCGUGUUACAUGAUGUUAUUCUGCACUAUGACCUUCAUCACGGCCUACGAAAUGCGCAACGACUCCGAAGGUUUAAUCUACGCCCUGGCGACAUUCGGAACCGGAAUCCAAUGCCUUGGUAAACUUGGCACCUUGCUCUAUUUCCGAAAGAAUCUCUACUGGAUGCACAGUUACACAUUGGAUCUCUACAAAGAGGAAUGCAAUCCACGCACGAAGACCAUGUUGAUGAGUAGAGUGUUUCUGUUAAGUGUCAUAUUGAAAACGAUGCUGCUGGGCUACAUACUUACCGGUGUGGUGAUGUCUGGGGCACCAAUUUACUUUUCCUGGAAGCUCGGGGAAAAGAUUCUGCCAUUUGGAUUCUUUCUGCCGUAUGUAAAUCACGAUACUUGGAGCGGCUAUUUGUUGAACUACGUGAUUCAUGCUUGGGGUACCUCGUAUGCCGUUUCCGCUUCAUUCAGCGGAGAUGGCGUCUGCGUCAUUCUUUUGAUGAGCUCCUUCAUUCAGAUUGAUCUCCUGAUAGCUUCGUUGAAGGAAGUGAACCAACAGAUUGAGGCCAAUGGCAAAGAUCUCUCCUGGUACCAAGGAUACGUAUUCAUAGGCUUCGUAAGCUAUCAGCUUCUGUUUUGCUGUUUUAUGGGAACAGUACAGGAAAUGAAGAACGAACAACUGGAGCGAGAAAUUUACAAUCUCACGUGGUACAAACUUCCGAUCAGUCAGCAGAAGUCACUGCUACUGAUGCUCCAGCGGGCGCAGAAUCCUGUUCCUCUUACGCUCAUAUUCGGCGAUCUAAACAUGCCGACGUUUCUGCAGAUUUAUAAAACAAUUUACAGUGUUUUCGCUAUGUUACUGAGAGUACAGGAGGAGUAG